AUUAAUUAACGGCUUGACAAGUUGUACUGGAACGCACUGCACGACAGCGCAUGCUGCAGAAUUCCGUUGAUAAGGUUGAACACCGUUGUUGUGCCAUUACAUAUGCAAAGUGCAACAACACCUGAAAAGUGCCAACUCUCAUCGUCGUGGGUGCAAGCUUCAAGAAUUUUAGUGGAAAGCAUCGUCCACCACUGAUGCCGCUUUUUUUUAUGUUAUUCGCUUCGUUUUUCGAUCGACAAAAUGCCGUACGGAAAUCCACACAAUAAAGGGGAAGAUGCCGAAGAAACUGUCUUCGAUGUGUCCAUGCACCGGCAACAGCCGCAACCGCCCAGUUACAAUGGCAAAAAUACACCGCUGAUGACGGAAACAUUUGUCACCUCCGAUCCGGAAGAAGGGAUUGCGAUGAACGGACAUCACCAUCAUCAUAUAGAUCCGGCUGAUAUUCCCUAUGAAGACCGGUGUGGGAUAGCCUGCUGCAAACCGAACUGGCUGCAGAAACUGCGCAAUAUGAAGGUGUUUUUGUUGGUGUUUAUUAUUACCGGCCUAACGCAAGGAAUGUAUUAUUCGUACUGGAACAUGUCUUUGUCAUCCAUUGAGAAACGAUUCCAAAUUCCUAGCCGUACUACGGGGAUUAUUACUGCAAUUAACGAUGUCAGUCACAUUGCUGUGGUGUUACUUGUUGCACAUUUCUGCGGGAAGGGACACCGUCCACGCUGGCUAGCGGUGUCCAGCCUCUUGUUGGGCAUUGCCAUUCUGACCUUUGCCACGCCGGAACUCUUCGCUCCCAAAUGGGAUGCCGAGAAUAUUCGUAUGGACAAUUCCAGUAUCGAUAAGGAGAUUUGUCUGAAUGAAGCACAGGCCCAAGAGACCGCUGAUAAGUGCGAUGCCGAAUCACAGGCCAUACGCAACGAUAACAUGUGGGCUUUGAUCCUGCUGGGUGUUGCCCAGGUUUUACUGGGAAUCGCCACAACUGCCCCGAUUGUGCUGGCGAUGCCGUUUAUCGAUGACAACGUGGAGACCAAAAAUACCGCUGUAUAUUUUGCGCUUGGACUGGCUGGACGUCUUAUUGGUCCGUUGAUUGGUGUUUUCGUGGGCUCGUUUAGCCUUUCAACAUACGUUGACCUUACCAAAAAACCUAACAUUGCGCAAACCGAUCCCAGAUGGAUGGGAGCAUGGUAUUUGGGAUUUGUCCUAAUAGGAUCUCUUGUCUGUUUGACCUCGACUUUAUACUGGUUUUUUCCGCGACACCUAUCAAAUGAAUACCUUGUUAAACAUGGCAAACGGAAAAUAUCCCGAGUUAGCGCAACAUCACAGCAAGAGCAAAGCCUUUCACAGAAGCUGGCUGUUCUUCCUAGAGAUAUGAAGCGGCUGCUUGUGAACAAAGUUUUCAUGUGUCGGUUAAUCAACGACUGCAUCGAUAUGCUGGUCGUGUCCGGGUAUUUCAAUUUUUCAUCCAAAUAUAUUGAAUUCCACUUCCGUAUGUCGCCCGCACAGGCCGGCAAAGCCAGCGGUUUAUCAAGCAUCCUAGCCAUGGGUUUAGGAGCGGCGGUCGGCGGGCUGAUUGUCCGGCGUUUCAAGAUGACACCAAAGCAAAUCGCCAUAGGAUUGGCCAUCUCAUCCUUCCUGAUCUCCAUUUGUUACUUUUUCCUCAUGCUCAUCCGAUGUGAACCGCGAAAUUUACACAGCAUCCCCGGUCCUGAUGAAAUGCUGAUUGUCGACACGAUGUGCAGUAAUGGGUGCAAUUGUGCCGGGAAGUCGUUUUCUCCGGUUUGUGACGAACUGACCCAAACCAACUACUACUCUCCAUGCCACGCUGGGUGUACUGCAACGGUCACACGUGGCAUGGGACAAAAGUUUUAUGAAAACUGUCAAUGUCUUCUCAAUAUUACGGCACCUCAAUGGAUUCAGCCGGCUAGUCCAACUCCCACGUCACUGUGGACACGCUUGACCACCACGUUGGAGGAUCUGGUCAACGGUCCACCGGCAGAUGUUAAGUACCCCGGCGCCACCGUUAAACGCGGUUUCUGCGAAGGCGGCUGCAGUGGAUUCUGGACCUAUGUGGCCAUCAGCGCUUCUUUCAAAUUUAUCGGGAUGCUACCGUUCUCUGGAAACACCAUGCUUUCCUUCCGAAUUGUUGAACCGGAUCUCAAAGCCUUAUCCAAAGCCCUGCAAACAUUUUGCGCUUCUCUUUUCGCUUUUAUUCCUGGUCCGAUUAUUAUGGGAGCACUCAUCGAUUCCACAUGUCGUUUAUGGAACACCCAAGCGUGCGGUCAGAGAGGAGCCUGCUUGAUCUAUGAUUUAGACAGUCUGCGCUACAAAAUGCACCUCUAUGUUGGAGUUAUAAAGACGUUGGCCUGCAUUAUGGAUAUUUAUGUUAUUUUCAAAGUGAAAAAUUUAUCCUUUGACCGAGAACCCGAGAAAAGAAAAGAAGAUGAGGAGAAAACCGAACUGCAGGCUUCCACUGUAGCCACCAUCGGAAGCGCAAGAGAUCUUACGAAUUAUGACUAAAUUUAGGAAAAGUUUGUAUUCCUACUUUUUGGCAGCGGUUUCGUUAUUUCAUAACUGCGUAAAUGUAAAACUAACUCGCGUCUAUUUGAAAUAUGUGGUGUAAAUAAAUCUGUGAUUCGUGCA